AUGGAGGAUGGUCACCAGUCUCCAGUCCCCGGCAAUGCGCCGCGGCAUCGCUCCAUCUCCGAGAACCCUUCCGCAGGCAAGAAGCACGAAGACCCUAACAACUCUCCGCCCGACUCGUCGAACCCGGACACGGAGUUAGGCAGCGCGACGGCCAAGUCGUCGGCGGCGCAGGAGAAUCAGCCUAAGCGGAGGCGAGGCCUCGGCGUCGUGACGCCCAAUGCGUGUACAGAAUGCCGCACGAAGCGCGCCAAGUGCGACGGACGUAGACCCUGCGGGCGCUGCAGAUCCCAGAAAGACGUCGAAUGCGUGUACGAGGUACCUGUCCGCCAAUCGAAAGAGAGCCUACGCACCGAGAUCGACGCCCUACGUCGUGAGAAACGCCAGAGCGACAGCAUUCUCUCGGCCCUGCAUCGCCCCAACCUUGCGAACGAGGUCAUCCAGCGGCUUCGAACAGGACACAAAGUUGAGGACAUAGCAGGCUGGUUGAACAACUACCCGCCAGGUGAGGCACCUGGACCGGUCCCCAGUAUCAGCCAGUUGAGCAAUCUCUCCCGCACGAACGAGCCUAUGACCGGCAUCACGCUCCCUCCCCUUGGGGGCUAUCCCGGCAUUAUUGGGAGCCUGAGCAGUUUCGUCCCGUCCCCAGUCGCACCCGGUUCUAUUUCGAGUCAGCAUCACCACUCGUUCCGGCAGAGUCAGGAUUUGGGGACGAAUAGCCCCUGGGAUUUCUCAUUACAAAGCCAGGGUUCAGGGCGCAGCGACUCGUACGCAGACAGCAUGCAAUCGUCAGCGCAGCCGAGGAUGCCCAGAGUGGGAAACUGGAUCCAGUUGCACUCGCCAGCAGAUAGCGGACCGCGAUAUCCAGGUGUCGAGCAGGUCUCGGCAACACCAGGCGCCGGGCACUCGAGAACGACGCCCAGCACCUGGACACACGUGACACGCGAUGUCGCACUUGUACAGCAUCUUCUCGCGCUGUACUUUUGCUGGGAGUACCCGACUUUUGCGUCGCUCAGCAAGGAGCACUUCCUCACAGACUUCUGGGCCAACCGGCCUCGAUUCUGCUCGCAGAUUCUGGUCAACGCGCUGCUGGCACUCGGUUGCCGGUUCUCAACCCCUUCCUAUCCUCGCGCCGACCCCAACGACCCCUACACUUCGAGUGACCACUUCUUCCGGGAAGCUCUCCGGUUAUUCCACCAGGAGAAGAGUCAUCACACCUUGACCACAAUCCAGGCGCUCGGCAUCAUGUCUAUAAGGGAGGCCAGCUGCGGACGGGAUUCCGAGUCGUGCUACUACGCAGGGCAGAGCAUGCGCCUGGCGUUCGAGAUGGGUUUGCACUAUGUCGAUAACAACAGGGACGAGGACGAGGUUGUUGUGCAGUUGGCCACCUUCUGGGGGGCUUUCGCGCUGGAUCAGGCUUGGUCACUCGCGACAGGGUCUAUGCCGCAGAGCUCGAUGUACCCGCGCUUGCCGCCCAAACCCGCCAUUGUCGAUGAUGUGGAGGCGUCGCAGUGGAAGCCGUACACCGAUGAUGGCUCCGAUAACUUGGGCGCGCCGCUGCAGCCGUCGCGCGAGCAGCCGUCCAACGUGCGCUCCGUGUACAAGUGCUUCUGCGAGCUGAGCGAGCUGGUUCGCCAAUCGCUCUAUGUCCUCCACUCUCCAGGGAGGCCCGUGACAAGCAGAGACCUACUCAGUAGUUAUAUACAAUACCUGAACUGGUACGAGAGCAUACCAGAGGUGCUCCGGUUGGGGCAUAACUUUACCCCAGCUGUGCUCUUCGCACACAUGUACUACCAUUUCGCCAUACUACUGCUCUUUCGGCCCUUGAUCAAGCUACGCAUUAUCGGGUCGAGCAUCUCACCACGAGAUGUCUGCUCACAAGCAGCAGAUGCUAUCCAGAGUCUCCUGCGAUCCUACGCACAACUCUACACGCUAAGACGCACACCGUCAUUCGUGCCGUACUUCCUCCUCACCUCGUCCAUCAUGCAUCUGGCCCUCGGAGCCAAGACCACUGAUGGGCAGGACGCCGACGCCGACGCGAUGUCUCGCACACCCGGCACGACGAGCGAGGAGCGAUCCAACCGUGACCAGUUAAUCCGAUCAGAGUCUGAAACGGACAGAUCCGAGAAGUCAUCACGUGGGGGGAUGAGUCGUGGCGGGCACGUCGACGAACGGGCUGCGCAGGCACUCGCACAGGGUAUUGCCGACCUCGAGGAGAUGGCCCCGUGCCACAACUUUGCCGAGCGGGCACUGCACAUCCUGCGAUAUCUCGCGAAGAAGUGGAAGGUGGACAUCGACAUGCCCGAGAAGCCUGACAUGUCGCCAGGCGCCGCAGAGAGGCUCAUGAGGCCGAACACGAGCGUGCUCAACUUCUUCUCGCCCAACAUGAGCGAGGGCGACUUUGUGUGCGACUGGCCGGCCAAGUCGCCUAGGGCCGCUGUGAUGGCCAUGCCGAGCGUGGAGGCGCAGAUCGACGACCUGCAGAAGGUGAGAGGCAACAUGGGUCCCCCUUUGCAGCCGUCGCCCGGCACGAACGAGGCGGGCCUGCCGAUGAGGGGAGCGUCGUCGACGGGGCCGAUGGCGCACGCCGUGGUGAGCGUUGAGAACCCGCUCUUCUGGCCGUUCCCAAUGCAGGGGCGGCCCAUGCUGCCAGUGGGGAAGCACCUGGAGGAAGCUGGAUUCGCACAGCUGUGA